UCAAAACAUUGUAGGUUUUGAUAUUACAUAGCCAAAUCGUAUUCUCUGCCUCAUUGCAAUGCGGUCACACCGAAAGCUACGUAACUUCUACAGAUUCAUCACCUCCGACACCGACCAAACUGGUCUCAAAAUCCCGAAGAAGUUUACCAAAGAUCACCGGAAGCAAAUCCUGUUGAACAACAAUGUCCUGUUAAUUGUUUCAGAUGACAAGGUUUGGCAUCUCGGUUGGACAGUGUCUGACGACGGUAAGCUCUGGCUGCAGAAGGGUUGGCCUGAGUUUCAUAAGCAUUAUUGCUUAAAGUUUGGGCAUUUGUUGGUCUUCAAACAUCUAGGAAAAUCUAAAUUUCAUGUUAGAAUAUUCGACCCGGGUUAUAUAGAAUUAUAUAACUUACAACCGGAGAAAGAAAUCGAAAGUAAGCGUUCUUUCACGGUCACUGUAAGAUAUGCUUACUUACGGAGCUCAAUGCUGUAUGUACCUGUUCGAUUUUAUAGAAGGUGUUUGGGUGGUUAUAAAAAGAAUGUAAGGUGUGUUCUUCAGAUGGCACAAGGGGGAAGCUGGGGUGGGGUUAACUGCAGGGUGGUGAACAAGUCACGUGCUGGGCUAUAUGGUCAAAACUGGAAGAAAUUUAGCGACGAGAAUCAUCUGGGCCUCGGUGAUGUUUGUGUGUUUGAGUUGAUAAAUGAUGUUGAAAACGUAAUGAAAGUCACCAUUUCUCGUGCUUGUGGAGACGAGUGAAGAAGGUUGGUUGGUGUAGAUGGGUUUGUUUUUGGGUGUGAUUUGCUACAUUGUUAACUGUUUUUGGUGGAAAUGUUGGUGGUGAUCAACUGUUUUGGGUGUAAUAUGUUGCAAUGUAACUGUUUUUGGUGGUUUUG